GACAAGCAACAACAGCAACAAGGAGAGAAAAAUGGUGGUUGAAGCCAGGAAAACUUAACCACAAAGACGGUAAUAAACAAAAAAUACAAAAAUUAUGAGAAAGAAAGGCAGGAAGGCUAGAUACAAAUAAAGCAAAAUAACAAGAUUCAGUGAACUAAAUGUGUCUAUGUCACCCACACACAUUGAAGUAGAAUAUUUUAUAACAUUUUCUUAAUCUGCUGCAAGGCUAUUGUGUGUGCUAGUGUGUGUGGGUGUAUGUGUGCACAGAAGUGGAAGAAGUUCUGUGUAGUUAAAAUCAAAGGGGGCUGCGGUGAGAGAGGGAAGAGGCACUAACACCAGACCUGGCAGAAGCCCCCAAUGGUACCCCUCAACAGCACCGGAUGUAGUUCUGAGACACAGUGAGGACUGAGACCAGACACAGGCCUGCUCCCUGCCAUGCUGACCCCAUGCCAUCCCUUUUCAAACCAUCACCCAAACACACACAGGCCAACUCAUUAAUCACAAAGUCUAUUCGCCAAGAACUCAUUUUUAUUCCUGGACCUACGCAGAUUUGUGAGGCAGAUUUUAUUUUCCAACCUUUCGGAUCUGAAGGUAUUCUUAUCAAUGUUCCCUCUCCAUAUGGCUGUAUGCAUUUGGAACAUGAGCCAUGAUACUUUCUAUACAUAAGUAGGCCUACUCUGUUAUUCGCCAUCUGUAAUACUGAUCACCUAAACGCCAUUUUUGUCAAGAUUUGUUGAUAUUUGAAUGCCUGCUUAGUUAGCUGACCCCGGAUAAGCUGCAGACUGCUGCAUCAACUUAAGAAGAUUAACCUCUUUUUAUCUGAGUGCCCUUAGAUGCCACAUGUUGGGGAUUUGCAGGUUUAUAAAUAAAAUUAAACAGAUCUCAUGUUGUGGAUCUGUCUUUGUCUCGUUAUUUGGUACUUUUUUAAGGUUACCAUUUUUUUCCACAACUUUUUAGGAAGUUCUUGCAACAGAAACGCUCCGCCCCACUGAGCACUUUUCUCCCCUUGUUUUGUUUGUUUUUCCAGUUACGGCUGCACUUUAGAACUUGUGGAGAAAGUUUACUAUGGAGUUGUAUUUAAUUUCAACCAUCUUAGCAGGCGCUGUCAUCAUCCCUCUCGCAGUGAAAACUUUGUUUCCCUAUUUGUUGAUAGAUCUUUUAUACUUCGGAGUUCUCCUGCGGAUUUUGUUGAAAUAUGUAGCGAGCCGAAGAAGGAGACGUCCCUUUUUCGCUCUGGACCGCUUCUUGGAGCAAACCGCUGCGCUCCCAGAUAAACCAUUCAUCGUGUUCGGAGAUGAGACCUACACGUAUGCAGACACAGACAAAAAGAGCAACAAGAUAGCCAACGCGCUGCAGUCUCAGCCCGGGUACGAAGCUGGGGUCACCGUCGCACUCUUCAUGGGCAAUGAGCCCAGCUUCGUGUUCACCUGGCUGGCUCUGGCCAAGCUCGGUUCGCCUGUCGCUCUUCUGAACUACAACAUCCGGAGCAUGUCUCUGCUGCACUGUUUCAACUGCUGCAAGGCCAAGGUGCUGAUAGCAGCUGCAGAGCUAAAAGUGGCUGUGGAGGAUGUGCUGCCCUCACUGUUGGAGCAAGGAGUCACCGUCCUCCUCGUGGCCAAAUGCUGCGACACUCCAGGAAUUGAGAGCUUCUCAGAUAAAGUGGAAGAGGCCUCGGACGCACCGCUCCCUCGAUCGCUCAGAUCACACAUCACACUCAAAAGUCCUGCAGUCUACAUCUACACCUCUGGCACUACUGGUCUCCCUAAGGCAGCUCUGGUUAACCAGAAUCGCUUCGUAUCAGCUCUGGCUGUUACAUCCGCAUACGGUGUAACAUCAAAGGAUAUAAUGUACGUCAAUCUGCCUCUGUACCACACAGCAGGGUUCCUUGUUGGAUUUCUUGGCUGCAUUGAAAUAGGGUCAACUAUAGUUCUGAAAAGAAAGUUUUCUGCCUCUCAGUUCUGGGACGACUGCAGGAAAUACAAUGUGACUGUUGUUCAGUACAUUGGAGAAGUGAUGCGCUACCUCUGUUGCACACCAAAGAGAGACAAUGACAGAGACCAUAAAGUAAGACUGGCCAUCGGCAACGGUGUCCGAGCAGAAGUCUGGAGAGAGUUCCUCAACCGCUUUGGAAACAUCAAGGUUUUGGAGUUUUAUGCCUCCACUGAGGGAAAUGUAGGAUUUCUCAACUAUGCAGGGAAAAUUGGAGCUGUUGGACGAGUUCACUUUUUGCACCAGAAGUUGUUUCCCUACAUACUUGUGAAAUACGACACAGAGCGUGACGAACCGAUGCGAGAUGCUAACGGUCUCUGCAUUGAGGCCUCGAAAGGUGAAACAGGACUACUGGUGUCAAAGAUCACAGACAUUGCUCCUUUUGUUGGGUACGCUCAAAACGAAGAACAGACAGAGAAGAAAAAGCUGCGCAAUGUCCUCAAAAAAGGAGAUCUUUACUUCAACACUGGUGACCUAAUGAAGAUCGAUAAAGACAACUUCAUUUACUUUCAGGACCGUGUAGGGGACACCUUCAGGUGGAAAGGUGAGAAUGUUGCGACAACUGAGGUGUCUGACAUCCUUUCGAUGAGUGACUGUCUCCAAGAGGCCACCGUUUAUGGAGUCCACGUGCCAAAACAUGAGGGGCGUGUGGGAAUGGCAGCUGCCACUGUGAAGAAAGAUGCACAGUUUGAUGGAAGUAAACUAUAUGACCACAUGGUUAGCUACCUGCCUUCAUAUGCACGACCUCGCUUUAUAAGGCUACAGAGUGCAGUGGAAGUCACAGCUACUUUUAAGCAGAUGAAAGUGAAGCUAGUAGAGCAGGGGUUUGAUCCAGAACACAUCCAGGAGCCUCUUUACAUCCUCGAUGAUUGCGUUAGAAGCUACAUACCACUGACAGCCGAGAUCUACAGCUCCAUCCUGUCAGGAAGCAUCAAGCUUUAAGAAGCUUCACUGACCAGGCGAGGAUCCUUCAAAUUGUUUGCUUUAUUUUUUUGAAUAAAUAAUCUCCAGCUCAGGGUCACAGGAAUAUUUUUAAUUAUCCUUAUGCUUUUUUUUAAUACACAGGAAUCAGUUUAGCAUCCAGAUAAAAUCAUAAAACUGCAAUGUUGCAAACAGCAUAUUUACUCAGAUCAUAACUGCUUUCGACGCCGGAAUUACUGCUUAGACUUUUUUACUCAGGAUAAUAUUUGUCUUUACAUAUUUUGCUGUUUCAGGCUAGAAUGCGUUGUUUCCUGUCACAGCUAAAACACAUUAUGGAUAAUAUGAUAAAGUUGUGUAAGAUGUUUUUUCUUUCUAAGAAAUCUUUUUCUCAAAGCUUUUAUAUUUUCUUUUUUAAGACCUCAGUGCAAGUGAUGUUUUUGAGCUGUGAAAAGGUAUUGAAAGGGUCCAUAUUAGACAUACACAUUAUCUGCUAAUAUCUGUGAAUAUACGUUAGACUGCCAAAAAUAAAAUUAUUACAUUAAACAGUGCAAGUUUUCAGUUGUUUUGCCUAUCAGGGGCCGGUUGUUAUUAGGUCUGAUGUCAAAAGUGACAGGCAUGAAACAAAACACAAGGUGGAGCCAAUGCUUUGACUUUUAUUUUACUGCAGACAUAUAGUUUUGACUGUGAAGGAGACCUGAGAUAUGCUGAAGAAAUAUUUUAAAAGCAUUUAGUUUGACUAGCAGAGAGGAUGUUUUGCUAAUGAAAUAAGAAACCUAAUGAAAUAUUUUUAUAUGAAAAAAUUGCUCCUACAACCACAAAGUCAGAGAAAGUGAUGAUUAUUUUUUUAAAGGUUAUUGUGGCACAAGUAGCCUUUAUUCAUUAGCAGCAGGACAUGAAGAAGGACAGAGAGAGAAGGGGAAGACUUGCAGCAAAUGGCCCAGGCACCCCCGACAGAUGAGCAGCCUGCAAAUGGUGAGCCUGCUCCACCACUGGGCCAAGGGCUGCUAUGAAGUCACAGAGAAGAGAUGGUACAUAAAUAACAUUGGAUUUUUAAUUAACUUAUAAAACUAUAGCCUGUAAUACAUAAAAGCAUCUUUGAGGGACAUAAAUACAAAAAUAUCUCUGGUUUAUGAGAAAAUUAGAAAAAACAUAGUAGAAAUAACAAACAAAAAAAACAAUGCUCUUCAACGAAAUAUUGGAACAGAUUUGGAUAUUUGUCUUUCCUUAAAUUUUCUUAAACUAUAAUGUUAAACGAUCCGAGGAUUCAGUUAAAUACAGUUUAUUUAUAUAGGGCCAGUUCACAAAGAUGUCAGCUUAUGACACUUUACAAGACAUACAGGUCUAAUUAAUUUCUAGAAAUGUAUAAUGUCUGAUAACUACAGAGAUAGUUCAAGGUCACUUAACCCACUUUAUUUAUAAGCCUUAUCUAAAAGAACACUCUUAAAGGAAGAAAAAGUGCAGCCUCAAAGACAAAACUUUAGUAUGAUACCUAAGUGCUCUACCAUUGUACUUUUAAGAAACUCUAGGAACCAAAACAAUGUCACCUAACAGAUGAUUGACUAAGCGGAUUGUUGUUCAGAUGCUGUGGUCCAAAAACCACAACUUCUGCCUUGUAUGAGACUUACUCUUAACAAAUAUCAGGCUUGAAUGGCUGUGUUAUGAUUCUGGCACGUCUGCUCUACCCUGUCUCCCUGGCUGCAAUCAGCAGAUUAGAUGCACCUGGUGGCUGCUGCAGUGUAGUGCAAUCUGUGGCAUGCCAAGCACCUGUGUCUUCCCUGAUAUAUACUGACUCUGACAAGCAGACGGUGCUAGAUUUUUGAAAGUCAUCGUGUGAGUAGAUAUCCAGUGUUCCUUCCUGGCUGAUCAUUGUUUUUUAACCUUGCCUUGCCUCGCCUCUUGGAUUUUGGGCCUCUGCCCUCUCUUACCUGUGCUGUGGAGAUCACUGCCCGCCACCCACUGAGGUUUCCCCUCUGGGUUUCAAGUUCUACCCAAGACAAAAGCAGGUUAGUGACUUCUGAUCCUUGCAAUAUCUGGGGAAACUAGAAGUCACUAAUCCCUCUUUCUGCCCCAGUGAUUCCCAGAAGCUGUGUGGAGUUUUACCUGAGUGACGUUUUCCUGUGGCUGAAUAAACCUUUUAAAUUUUCA